UUAGAAAUUUCAAAUUUUAAUAUUAUUGUAAUUUUUAAGAGCAUUUUAAACCAAUAGUAAAGUAUUAGUAAUUUUUUUAUGCUUAUACAAAUUAAGUUAAAAUGAAUAAUGAUAACAUAAGAUCCCCAAGAACUCCAACUCUAAACAACAAUUAAAGUCCAAAGGUUGCUAAGAAAAAUGAAACAAAACAAGAUUUUAAAAUAAAGAAGUUUAAAAGAUUAUUCUUUAGGAAUUAUUAAGAGUCAAAUGAACCAGGUAUUGUUGUCUUUUUGCUCAAACCAAUGAAGUAAGAGAAGCUAGAAAGUUUGAUCUUUGAAAUAUAUUAAAAUGUCUUUAAAGGAAUAUAGAAACCCUCAUUUCUUUACUUCGAUUCUUAAAAAAGGGUUAUUAAAUCCAAAGAAAUUAAACCUGAUAGUUUGGUUUACUUUUAUAUCGUUGAAUCUGAAAUCGACUAAAAUAAUAAUUUAGACAUAAGGUAAUCUGAUUUAUAUCUUCAAAUGAAUAGUACAAUAGAAGAGUAAGAAUCUAAUUUAGACAUAUUUGUAAUGAAAGAAACAGAGUAUACGGAUCUACUCAACGGAAAGUAAUCAUUAGACACAGCUACUUUAGGGUACACCUCUUUAUAAUUUUAGUUAGAAAAAAGUUUCUAAAAUGUUUGGGAUUAUUUAGAAGAUUUUUCAUAGGUUUCACACUAACGAAGAAUAAAAUUGGUUGAAACAGUUGAUGUUUUAGAAAAUAAAAGAGAAGAAGUGAAUAGAGUUUCUUAAGAAUUGCAGGAUUUAUUAGAAUAAUAUAAAGAGAGCGAAGCUUAAGUAAUAUAGUGUUUUGAAUAAAUGGGAUUUGAUUGUGAGUUUAUUUUACAAGCCAAGACAAUCCAAUCAAGGUCUAGAUAUUAAAAUAAUAACAAAUCAAUAUUAUCUUCUUAACAGUAUGAAGCAUCAAUUAAUUAAGACAGCUAUAUAUAAGAUACUGAGUCAAUAUAUGAUGAUAAUCUUUUGCCAAGUUACCCACGAAAAGCUGAUGAAGUUUGAUA